AGCAACAAUGGCUGACGACCAAGACCUUUCAGAGGUGGAGAUGAGCCCAGUGGGCUCUGAAGACCACCACUGCCUCUCGCCAGGACCCUCUAUGGCAUCAGACAACUCUCCACACCUUGCCGUCUCUGGGAAUGGGGACAUGGGGAAGGUCAAGAAAGAACAACACGACUCAGAGGCAGACGACGACAAGUUCCCGGUGUGCAUUCGCGAGGCAGUCAGCCAGGUGCUGAGUGGCUAUGACUGGACCCUCGUACCCAUGCCUGUCCGGGUCAAUGGAAGUAACAAGAGCAAGCCCCACGUCAAGCGGCCCAUGAACGCCUUCAUGGUCUGGGCACAGGCUGCCCGGAGGAAGCUGGCUGACCAGUACCCACACCUCCACAACGCUGAACUCAGUAAGACCUUGGGGAAGCUCUGGAGGCUGUUAAACGAAAGCGACAAGCGGCCCUUUAUCGAAGAGGCGGAGCGGCUGAGGAUGCAGCACAAGAAGGACCACCCCGAUUACAAGUACCAGCCCCGCCGCCGGAAAAACGGCAAGGCCACGCAGGGCGAGGGAGAAGGCCAGGUGGAGGGGGAGGCUGGAGGGGCUGCUGCCAUCCAGGCUCACUACAAGAACGCUCACCUGGAUCAUAGGCAUCCUGGCGAAGGGUCACCGAUGUCUGACGGUCAUCCAGAACACUCCUCAGGUCAGAGCCACGGGCCCCCCACACCUCCUACCACCCCUAAGACCGAGCUGCAGGCAGGCAAAGCUGACUCCAAACGAGAAGGGCGCUCCCUGGGGGAAGGGGGAAAGCCACACAUUGAUUUUGGCAAUGUGGACAUUGGAGAGAUCAGCCAUGAAGUGAUGUCCAACAUGGAGACCUUUGAUGUCAAUGAAUUUGACCAGUACCUGCCUCCCAACGGACACGCCGGCCACCCGGGCCAUGUUGGGGGCUAUGCAGCAGCAGCGGCUGCUGGCUAUGGCCUUGGGAGCGCCCUGGCUGCAGCCAGUGGACAUUCUGCCUGGAUCUCCAAGCAGCAUGGAGUCUCCUUGUCCACUGCCACCUCAUCAGUGGUGGACUCCAAGGCCCAGGUGAAAACAGAGGGGUCUGCCCCUGGAGGUCAUUACACUGACCAGCCCUCCACUUCCCAGAUAGCUUACACGUCCCUGAGUCUUCCCCACUACGGUUCAGCCUUCCCCUCCAUCUCCAGGCCACAGUUUGACUACCCGGACCAUCAGCCUUCGGGACCCUACUACAGCCAUUCCACCCAAGCCUCUGGCCUCUACUCUGCCUUCUCCUAUAUGGGACCUUCCCAACGUCCCCUUUACACUGCCAUCUCUGACCCUGCGCCCUCUGUGCCACAGUCUCAUAGCCCUACACAUUGGGAACAGCCUGUGUACACAACCCUCUCCAGACCAUAGAGAAUGAGGAAUGGUGACCGAAGCAGCGAUGAGAAGGCUCCGAAGAAUCAGCACAGGCAGCAGAGCCUCUGAACUCCGAGGUCACUCAGUGCCAUAGAGCCACCAAAACCCACUGAGCACACAGAGGUGCCUUUCUUGUCCCCGGCUAUCGCUGGCUCACCCGCCUACAGGAAGGCUUUUUGUCCUUUCGCCCUUUACCGACUUCACACAGGCCACACGACUGGCUUGUGACACUUUAUUGGCCUUCUAGAUGAGGAAGAUGCUAGAAAUGGAGUGACUGGUUUGUGGUGGGUUUCGUUAUGCAAACCCUGGCCUGUACCAUGACAGAGACUGUCCUUUCCUUCCCCCCUCCAGACUGCUCCAGGGCGCUAGCAAGUGUUUCCAACAGGCCACAAUGGCCAACACUUUGUCACCCGCUGCAGGCAAAGGGCAGUUGCUCAGCCCUGGUGGACACGACACAGGAGUCGCAGCAGUGAGGAUGGCAUGGCUGCCUUCCUUGCCAUCAGCGUCCUGCAGCAGCUCUACCUGAGAUUCACACAUGCAUGAAUCUUGAACCCCACUGGAAGACCAGCCUAUGCUUGCUUUCCUGCUGGUUUCAAAAGCUGCAUCCUAGCUUUGGUCCCUGUCUCUUCUCUCCACCCCUUCUCUCUGUUUAAUUUCAUGCUCUUUCCUGCAUGGAGAUUUCAGGGUUGCCCAAACACCACCUAGGACUCAAGAAAUGCAUUGCUGGUCUUAGUGUUACUCGUAUCACAGCCUCUCUGUGUGUGCAUGCUCAUGUGCGGAGGUGCAGGAGAGGUGGGGAAGGACCAGUGAAUCCUUGAGGUGCUCUAAGUGAAUCCUCCUAUGAUUACCCUGUAUUGUUCCUAUCUGGCAGUUCCAGCAUCUCGGUCUUUUCUCAUCUCUUCAGUAUCCCAAACAACUUCAGAGCACAUUUGUUUCUCUUCUGUAACUGACUAUGCUUGCCCAAAAUGAAGAGGCACCAAGAUUCUAGGCACUUGCCAAGACUCUGAGCUGAUUCCAAUACUCUGAGGCCCCACUCCACACUCCAGCUGAUGGCAUGUGCACCCUCACUUGUUUAUUCAUCACGCCUUCCAGUCAGUCAACACCUCCCUCCUAACUGCGCUGAGGACGGAAAGAUACUCCUGGGGCUUUCAGCAAGGGAGACACACACCUGAGCACGGAUAAGCAGAACGAGAAGAAGCCUAUUUAGGUGAAAAGAAAUUCUUUCCUGUUAGGGUUUCAAACUGGAACUGACCAGCUCUCACAGUUCUGAUCAACCUGCUGUUUUCAGCCCAGCACCCCAGGACUACUUAUUUCUCCUCUGUCACCUCCAGGACUGGGGUGGUUUGUCACACCAGGGAGUGAACUGGCACAAAAGUUGUCGCAGGAAAAGAUGACUCCUGGCAGUUAAUCGCAGACACAUGUGUGGGUACUCCAGUCUAGAAAGAUAAAACACUUUGACCCAACGUGGACUGUAUCCCUCUGCUGACAGGACUGUCAGGUGCCCCUCCUGCCUCUCUUAGCUACGGAUGACUUAUACUGUGGUGUCUGAAAAGAUGUAGAAUGUUUGCUCCUCGUAUGCAUGUAACCUCUUCCAGCCCUGUCCCCUUAUUUAUGCAGGUAGCACCUUCCUCACCCACCUUGCCUUCCCUGGUCUCCUUGCUGUCCUAGCACCAUUAACUCUGCAUUAAACAUAUGGAAUAAUAAACUUAAAAGUUUCAUUUAA